UUGUCAAUACAGCUAUUGUUGUGAGUACACAAGUAAAUGGAUCAAGCUUUCUCAAUAUUUCUCCAAAUUUUGCACAUUGUCUCAUUUGAAAGACAGUUGAGUCUCAUCAGCCCCUCCUUGGAUUUACAUAGUGAGUUUUAAAUAUUUAUGGAGAACAGUAAACAUCCGCUGCAUUUCAUAACAUAUCUGAUCUCUUCCAGCUCCUAAAAUAGUGUCAGUGGGAUCCUCUUCUCCAAAUAUAGGUUAUCUCCGCUUGGCUCCCCUCUCCCGGAUCGUACCAUUGCAGGGAAUGAGCGUGAACUUGUGCGAUGGGAGCCGGAGAUGAAUUUCUUCAUCUCUGAGUCUGACCCACAUAAAUGGCGAGAUCUCGGGCUCGUUGAGCUCUCCUCCUCGGCGGUGCGGCGGGACGCUUCAGCGGCUCGCAUCUCCUCCCCCUCCCCCAAAUAUCUCUCGCUCUUUCCGAGGCAGGAGAGGAGGGAGAAGCGGAGGCGCCUUACGCCGAGAGAAGGAGCCCGGGAAACGGGGAAAAAAGUAAGGUUGGAAAAAGUAUCGUCCAUCCCAAGGACUGACCCAGUGGGGGCAAACAUCCAGAAUAGACUAGACCCGAUCCCAGUCUAGAUCCAGUUUGACCGCUUUUCUUCCACUUCACCUUGACAGUACACAGGCCCUUCCUGUCCUUGGGGUCCUCCGCCUUCAUCUUUCCCACGCCGUCUAUUCCUAAUCUGUGGGCCUCCUCCUCAUCUCAGAGCCUUCCUAAAGGUGUGGCGGUCAUGGCUGUCCCAAGUGCCAAUGAGUUUCAUUGGCAGAGCCUGGCACGCUUGCCGAGCGGGCGUGUCUACCACUCACUGUUUGAGGUGGGGGGGCAGAUGUACAUGCUCGGAGGUUGUGAUGCUGCAGGGCGACCAUGCCCGGCUUUGGACCUCUACUCUCCUGAGGGGGACCGGUGGAUCAGCUUGCCCCCGAUGCCCACCUCUCGAGCUGGAGCUGCCGUGGCAGUGCUUGGGAAGCAGGUCCUGGUAGUGGGAGGAGUGGGAGAGAACCAGAACCCCCUAAAGGCGGUGGAAAUGUACAACACAGAGGAGGGGAGGUGGAGGAAGCGGAGUGCUCUGCGGGAAGCUCUGAUGGGUAUAUCCAUCACAGUGAAAGAUGGCCGGGCCCUGGCUGUGGGUGGGAUGGGUGCGGACCUCCUCCCUCGCAGCAUCCUUCAGCAGUACGACCUCAGGAAGGAUGUGUGGGGGCUGCUUCCUCCAAUGACCACGCCACGCUACGAUGCCAUCACACACCUGAUUGGUAGCAAGCUCUACGUUGCAGGGGGCCGUCAGUGUAAGCGUCCAGUGAAGGCUUUUGAGGCGUACGACACAGAGACCCGCUCUUGGACUUCACUCCCUGCUCUUCCGUGUAAACGCACCUAUGCAGGUGUGCUGUGGGAUCCAGACGGGAGGCUGUGUUUGCUCGGAGGACUGCGGCAGGGAGGAGGACACCAGAGCUCCAAGUUCACCAAGAACAUCAAUGUUUUCGAUACCAACCAAGGGUCUUGGCUGAAGUCGGACGACAUUGUGUCCAUGAAGAGCAAGAGGGCGGACUUUGCAGCCGCGUUCCUUCGUGGCCGCAUGGUGGUCGCAGGCGGCCUCGGACACGAGCCGUCGGCUCUCGACACUGUGGAGGCUUUUCAUCCACAGAAGAAGAAGUGGGAGAAACUGGCACCUAUGAAUUUUCCCAGAUGCUCCGCCUCCUCCAUUGUUAUUCGAGACCGCUUCUUGGUGGUGGGAGGAGUCAACCAGGUCCCCAGCUCGGCUCACGAGAUCCUCUACGUCAAGGAAGAGGAGCUGCUGUGAUGGAGCCUCUAGAAGAAUGCAGUAGUUAGAAAAGCCAGGAAAACACCGGAGAACAGACGUCCCUCUGCAAUGCAACAGAUAACACUGCCCCCUGCUGGACACAACGGACACAACUGUUCACAAAGACUUCUGUGGAGGAACUGUUUUGUUUUAGUACUAUGGCGGAUACUUCUACUGUGUAACUCUUCUGCGUUGUACGUUGUAGUGCAUACUUGGAGAAGGAACUAUUUUAUAAUCACUAUGUCUAGAACUGUAGACAAAAAUGUAACAGAAAUCCGUUUUUUGAGGUUCACAUUUACCAUUUUUUUGUGUUUGUUGGGUUUCGGAAGUUGAGCAGUUAUUGCAUUAUUUAAAAUAAACAAUUUAGUGUCUGAAUAAUUCCCUGUGAUGACAUAAUCCUGUUAUUGUGAUGAGAAGUAGCUGCUCUUUCAUCUGCAUCCUCACAGCUAAAUGGUUGUUGCACUUCCCUUGUGUUCCACUAGAGGGCAGCGCCGAUGCACAGAAUCCACAGCUGACACUCAGGUUCUCCAUGGAGAAAUUCUACUAGAUCAGACAUUCUCCUGCAUGUUUAUUCCGAAUGUUUAAGAUAUUUCUAGAGAAAUAAUGUAGGUCAAGCAGAUGAAAGUAUAAAAUCCAUUUAGCUCUUUUUUUUUGCUGAAAGUGAAUAUUUUGCAUGUUUUAUUUUAAUGUUUCACUUAACAUAGUGAAAAUAUGAAUAAAACCUAUUUAUUGAAUAAGGCUACUGUCUGUCAACCACAGUGAGAUUAAGGGACGGGUGCUAAAAAAGAAACACAAAAAAUAGAGAUUUGAAGUUUUUACAUUAGAUUGGUGUCUAAAGUAUAAAACAAUCUAAAAUAAAACAUAAAUGUAAACAAUUAAACUCUUUUAGGAUG